GAUGCUUGCUCGCUCCACGCCGGCAGAGUGGCUUAACGCCAGUCUGAGCAUCGCUGCGCAGGCGUCGGGCAUGCGAAACAGCGCCGAGAAGUUGCGUUUCGAAACGGUUCGGCUCAUCCGGGAUGCGGACGAGAAGACGCGGAUGACGCAGGCCGACGCCGGACAGAAACUCGGAAACCGGAUCAGCGACAUUAGUUAUUGGAAGUCGGAGCUGCUCACCGAAUCCGACAAGAUGGUGACGGAGAUCAACGUUUUGUCCGACUUCAGGAGAAGGUUGGAUAAGUCACUGCAGGAGAUGAACGGGCCUUUAGAAAUAGCAGAAGAAUGUCUUCGUAUUAGGGAACAGCGGCAAAACAUUGACCUUGUACAUGACAACGCCGAGAGAGAACUGAUACGGGAAGUUAAUCUAGCAAAAGAAUGCAAGGAGAAGAUGACUAUUGCAUUGGACCGGAUAGAUGCACAAAUGAGGUUGAACAGAGAUCGCGCAGUCGCUAGAGUUCGACACGACGACAAGCAGAUGGCGCUUGUCGCUAGACGAGCUCAGCUACAAGCUGAGCAACACGUCACGUGGCAUCUGCUUCCAUCUGGAGUCGAGCAGACGAGAACAUUGUUGUACGAGAUAGCGGAGAAUCAGCAACGGUGCGAGAGCUGUGGGAACAAGCUUAAGCGACGCGGAGGCAGCUAUCAACGGCUGCAGGAGAUGAAGGAUUGUCUACAGCGGGAUCUCAAGGUGAAAAAUAAACCAUCAUUUGUUGAUCGGUGA